AUGACCACGCUGCUACAGACGCCUCGCACCGCCCACUUCCCAGGAAUGUCUCAAGACCUUGACCAUUCCUACAACGACCCGUCGCGGGCGACGUCUGCGUCGUUUCAACAGCAACAGCCAAAGGACGUCGGCGACUCGGUCUACGGCGCGCACUACGGCGAGCCCGCAUCGCUGGCGGGCAGGCCCACCGAGGCCAUGUUCCGCUUCAUGGCGCAGGACCACGUGGCGCCCAUGGAGACCAACUCGUGCCCGCCCGACGGCCCCACCUAUCCCGCCGCCGAUUUCGACGGCGACCUCACCUCGUCGUCGGCCACGAUGCUCGGCUACCCCCAUCCGGCGUCUUCGAACGGGCUCCGGAGCGAUCUUGCCGACUCGACCCUCAGCUUCCCGGAGUUGCCGGCGUCGCUCCUCGACGAGGCGCCCGAGUACGAAUAUUCCACGCACACUCGCGUCAACGUGUUCGAUGCGCCGCAGGUGUUCGGCGACGGCUUCGCAGAGACUGCGCUCGGGCUGGGCCCGGACGGCACGCCGCUGCUUGGCGGCAAUGCCAACGACCUCGCCCUCUGGUCGUCGUCGACCGACCAGAGCAACGAGCAGGCGUUCCAGACCGACUACCUCUACCAAGCCACCGCCUUUGACCAGCCCGACGAGCACGGCUCCCUGCGCGCAGCGGGUCACCCGGACACGCAGAUCGACGGCACCUUGCCUGGCGCCGCGGAUCGCAUCGAUGCCGAGGGCAUCGCCCGAUGCCCGUACCCGAACUGCAACAAGACGUUUGCCAAGAACCGGUCGUACAACCUCAAGGCGCACCUGCGGUCGCACUCGCAGAUGAAGCCGUUCGCGUGCGCCGUGUGCCCGCGCGCCUUUUCGCGCAAGCACGACCUGGAGCGCCACGCCCGCGUCCACUCGGGCGACAAGCCCUACAUCUGCGAGAUCUGCGGCAAGGGCUUCCCGCGCAGCGACGCCCUCCGGCGGCACUGGCGCGUCGAAAAGGAGUGCGGCGAAAAGGCGGCGCAGCUCGAGGCGGGACAGCCCUUUGCCGCCGUCAUGGGCGCCGGCGGCGGCCACUUUGGCCACGAGCAGGGCGACAUUCCCGGGCCGCACCACCACUUCAACAACGAGCACCAAGCCUGGCUCGAGGCGCAACGGCGGCGGAUCGGCUGA